AUGGCCAAUGGAAACCAUGAUGCGUCGAGGGAUUCAAACAUAGAGAGCCCCUCGCGGUUUACUGCCGUCAACGGCAGGGAUCCGCCGCCUGUGUUUCUCAACGGCUCGAAUGGUACCUCCGAUACUCACACGCCAACGAACCACAGCCAUGAGCCGGAACGACCCGUCGAAAGUCGUCGCGGGAGUGAGCUUCAAAAAAUCCUGCCAGCACAGAAAGAUUUACCAACGAUAAACGCGAAUCAUGACCAAAUGGAGGACCAAAAAGCCUCAGAUGCCCGCUCCACGAGCCUUAAUCGAAAUAAACGAAAGAGAUCCGACUCCGGUGACCGUCAGGUGUCACCCACCUCAAACUAUACUCCAAGCGUUUCCAGAAGCCCCAAUCCUAGAAUCGGAGACAACGUACCACUGCAGCCCCGCCCAGUGGAAAUGAAUGGCAUGACAAGGCCAACCAUGACACCCGAAUCUGACCUUGGAACCAGGGUGCCUCAACGACAAUUUUCCGUUGACGGACCGGAUGAAACAAAUCUGAUGUCGCAGCGUGCCGCGUGGAAUGGCCACGACUCGCAAUCGACGAGCCAAAACGGACACUUAAGCCAACCAAUAGACUCUUCCGAUGCCCAAGUUGCCGAAGCACUCCAGAGGGACGUGCAGAGCAAUGAUGAUGUUUCAAAAGCAUGGGAUUCCGCGUCCAACGGGCACCGAACCGAAACCCCUGGCCCGAACCAUGCUCAGUUGGUCCUUCAGAAUCAAAAUCAACUUGACGAGAAACCGCAAACCCAGAUUCAACCUCAGAUCAAAUCCCAGCCCCAAUCUCAAAACCAAUCUCAGGGGCAGUCGCACUCUCAAUCUUCCUCCCAGUCUGGCCCCAAGAGAAAAAGGGUUUUCAGCAACAGAACGAAGACCGGCUGUAUGACGUGUCGUAGACGAAAGAAGAAGUGUGACGAACAGCACCCCGCAUGCAACAAUUGCAUCCGUGGCAACUUUCCUUGCGAAGGGUACUCUGCUCGAAGCACCUGGCAAAAGCCUUCUAACCCAAAAGGUCCGGUCCCUUUGCAAUCCAAAAGCAAUUAUCCAGAAGUUGCUCACCCUUACACCCACGAAGUGAGCCCCCAGCGACACGAUACUAGGAUUUCAGCUGCUGCCAUACUCCCGGACGGCACCAAGGGCAGGCCAGUACCAGUUGACGAAGCUGAUCGUGGCGCAACGCAGUAUAUUAGUAGCCCACCCGGUACCGGUUCGAGGAAUUCGUGGCCCAAAGCAUCCUGGGCCACGCAGGGACCCACAACUUACCUCCCGGACGGGCCACCAAAGCCUGAAUUCAGGGAUAGUUCGGGUCUGAAAGAUAUCUCUCGAACCGAACAGACAAAGACAGACUACACAGUGGUACAUUCAAGCUGCGAAUUGAGUCACAAUUCACACCCGAAACCAACUUUGGCUGUGUUCCAGAACACCAUCGAGCAAAGGCAGCCUCCUCCCCGUCUCGACGCCGCCAACUAUUCCGCUCAGGCCCGAAUGGCUUUGAAUAUGGAGCCGCAUAUCACCUUUGAGUCAAGCGGGAAGACUGAAAAGGAGAAGAUGCUCAGUGGAGAGCAGUACCGACCGUUUGAUCCUCAACUUACCAAAGACAGAGAACGCUGCAAAACUGCUCUUUGGCGAUUCACCAACGCCGGAAACCCUAUUUAUGGAAUCAGCACCACCGAACGUACCCGACUGCUGAAGGAAAUUCUGAUGCCUCCGUCUGAGGGCCAGUCGGAAAUCGCGGCUUCUCAGCCAGUAGGAUCUUUGGGUCCUGGUGCUGUUGUGGAAGCCCCAUUCAAUUGCCACUAUGGCUACAACAUCAACAUCGGAGAGGACGUCUUGAUCUCAGAGAAUUGCUUUUUCGCUGAUGAUUGUACCAUUACUGUCGGCGCGCAUACUUGGAUUGGCCCUAAUGUUACCAUCCUCAGCUCCAUGGCUAUUGGUAGUAUGCAGGAGCGCAAAGGGUCGCAGAGCCGGUACCAAGGGCGUCCCGUCGUCAUCGCCGAAGAUUGUUGGAUUGGUGCUGGAUGCACAAUCCUGCCAGGCGUCACCCUGGGACGAGGAGCUUAUAUCGCUCCCGGCGAAGUUGUCCGGUCUCAGAUUCUGCCCUACGGUUUCCAAGGUCUAAAACCCAACUAUCCAUGA